CGCAUCGUCUUCCCUCUCCCCAAUUUCGUCCUCGUUCUCUCUCUCUCUCUUCCCCUUUCUCUCUGAUGGUGGUGGAACUUAACCGGAAGGCAAUUAGGAAGCAACGCCGCCUCUGACGCCGGAGAGCGAGAGCCAUGGAGACCUUUCGCCGCCAGCGAAGCCCCCUUGCGGAUCGUUUCCUAGGCCUCUUUGCUGCCUCCUCGCGGCCCAACACACCCGCCGUGAGGGAGGAGCUCCACGAGAACGCCGCCGCCUUCUGGUUUGGUUCGGAGUCCAACACCCGUGACCCGAUCCGCCCCACCUUCCCUGGACCCGCGCCUCUCGGCGACAAGGGACAUCGCGGCAUCUCCCGCCUGAGUUCCGGCAUCCUCGCCGCUCUCUCGGAGGAUCAUCAGAGGCCGCACACUUUCCUCUAUCGAAAGGUUUCCUUUGCUGCUUCCCCGCCCGCCGCGCGCUUGGAGUCGACUCCGGUGGCUUCUGCCCUGAUGAUCCCCGGGAUGUCGAAGCCGAAAUUGGAUUACUCAAGGUCGAUGCCUGCCGGGAAGAUCUUCCAGCAGUCAGCUCCAGUCAACGUGCCUGCGACUCAGACCUCGGUGGUGCCCAAGGUAAAAAAAUGGUGGGAGGAGCUCGACGGUGAGGGGGGCGACGAUGACCGGGAUGAGCACGAGAUGCUUCCGCCGCACGAGAUCGUGGCGAGGGCUUCCGGGAAUGGGUCGCCUAUGCUCACCUUCUCCGUCCUGGAGGGAGUCGGGCGGACGCUCAAAGGGAGGGAUCUGCGCCGAGUUCGCAAUGCUGUGCUCGAGAAGACAGGACUUGGAAAUCACAGUUCUCUGCAGGUGGCUAAGUCUUCCAUAUUAAAGACUGCAUCAUUGCAACAUGUGUACGAUAUCUUCUUACUCUUUGUACGCAACAUUAUCUCUUUGGUUGAAGAAAGAGCUAUAGUUUUCCUUGUUAACUUAAACCUACGGCCUCCAAUAAUUUUUAAAUCAAUGAUGGCAUGCAAACAGGAAUUACUUAAUGAGUGAUUUUCCCUUCUCCAUGACACAUGUUUUGUGCAGGCAUCUUUCUUUGUUUAAACAUGUCAUCAGUUAGCAGUUACGCCUCUAUUGUAGCCCUUCAUUUUCUUUUGCUGGGUCACUGUCAUUGUAUCAUGCAUUAAAAUCAAUGGGACCAUUCCUUUUUCUUGUUCAACAUAUUCACUCCCUCAAUUGGCUUGCUUUUCCAUUUAUUUAAAUGCAGAUACCAUGCUCUGCUUUGGUGGUAAAUGCCAAGCUGAUGGCAGCAGUUUAUCCCUAUUCCUCUUUUCAAUCAUUGUCAGGUCGAUAGGAAAAACAUCACAGAGUCUUUUAUUAGACAAACUUUGCACACUAGAGAGUUUGUAGUGAAGUGUUUCUAUGAUAAUUCAUAACUUAGUAAUUAACAAGCCUUUUCUCCUCUAUAAGAAUGUCAUCACUGCUCUGAUACCAUGACCUAGGAGUGGGAUGUGUUUGGUUAGAAUUUGAUGAUCUAUGCAUGACUGCUAUUGUUGAUGCCCUGCACUCGAAUCUUCCAUCUGAUGCUCCUUGACCUGGUUGUAUAAUGUUUUAUGUACUCGGUUUGAUAGACGGCAUAUGAAUGAUUCAUGAGAUUCUUCUGUUUACAUGUUUAUUGGAUUUGUUCCAAAUUAUACACUUACUUC